CCGGCUCGGCGGAGGCGGCCAUGGUGCGGUUCAAGCACAGGUAUCUGCUCUGCGAACUGGUGUCCGACGACCCCCGCUGCCGCCUAAGCUUGGACGACCGAGUGCUGAGCGUCCUCGUGCGGGACACCAUCGCCCGGGUGCACGGGACGUUCGGUGCUGCCGCCAGCUCGAUCGGCUUCGCGGUUCGCUACCUGAAUGCCUAUACUGGAAUAGUGCUACUUCGAUGCCGAAAGGAAUUCUACCAGCUUGUGUGGUCAGCGCUUCCCUUCAUCACGUACUUGGAGAACAAAGGAUACCGUUAUCCUUGCUUUUUCAACACAUUACAUGUGGGAGGUACGAUUAGAACAUGUCAGAAGUUCCUGAUUCGGUACAACAGGAGGCAGCUGUUGAUCUUGUUGCAGAACUGCACUGAUGAAGGCGAGCGGGAAGCUAUCCAGAAGUCUGUCACAAGAAGCUGUGUACUAGAGGAAGAGUCGGGUGAGGAGCUUUCAGAUAGUGAUGAGGAGGCCCCUGAAGCAAUGGAGUAAACAUCUGCUGGCCACACAGUAAGGCUGCGCUGUACCCAAAGCCACUAUGGGAACAGGACAUUCUAAGAGCUUCUGCAGUUCUUCAAACCAUUUGUAUCUUGUUUGGCUAAGAGUAGGUUGAAUAAAUCUAUUUAGCUUCUAUUGCAAAAAAGGGCUUACAGAAUUCAUGCAUAACUAAGUCUCUUUCCUCAUCUACAUGCUGCCCUUGCUUUAGUGGGAAGACUACUUUUGUGAUCUUAGAGGAAUUUGAGACCCCCAAAAUGAACCUGAGGCAGCUAAUCAUCUGGAAUUGUGAAUAUUGCCGAGACACUGUCACUAAACUUGCAUAGAUAUAUAGCCUCGGUAGGGAUCCCACAG